GUGGCGUAGCCCUCACUCCUCUCGCAUUCCUAAAGGCCGUGCUCGUUGUUAAUUCAUGAGCGAGCCAUUCGAGACAAGUUUGUAUAAUUUGGCGCGUUGACAUGGGAUCAACGACCAAUCAACGAGAAUGGUGAACGCGCUGCUCGCACAUCGCGACAACAUAGUCGCUGAAGGCUGCUUGUUCAACUUCCUCCAGCGCCUCCCGCAAUGCUGUGAAGCAUCACCCACUCCAACCAAAGCCCAACAUACUUCCGAGGCUCAUCCCACGCGAGCUAGUCCCACGAGCUUGCAUGAUAGCAGAUCCUUGGCAUAGCGCGUGGCUGUUCGUCGUCAUCGCGAACGACACGGGAAGCAACGAUCACAGUACAACACAGCAGCAACCACAACAGCAACCAGCUUUGGACAUGCAAUCCGCAUAUACAUAACUUCAUCAGCUGCAUUACGUUUGCUACCCCGACAUAAGAUACGCACUGUCUAUCUGCGAACCAGAUAGAGCCAUUCCUCUUUGAGAAGGAACAGCCGAGAGCAUCGUCAAUCUCGCAGGUCGCUACUUUGUGCCCAGAUGUGCGGAGGUCUUGCUUGGCCCAUCCUUUGGCCGGGGUUCUUAUCAUCCUUUGCUGCUUGCUUUAGGUUUGUCGCGUGGUUCUUGAUCUCUUUGCUUCUUCUUGCUGUAAUAUCACCUUAUUGAGAAGCAGAAGAUUACUGCCUUGAACACAAGGGCGGAUUCACAAGACGAAAUGGACAUCGAAGCCGACCAGGAUAACAAGUCUGACAGGAAGAACUCCGUCCAAAGCGUCAACGAUGCGCACGAUCUUGCAAUCCUUGGCCAUGUCGAGGAACUUACGAGGAAAUUCGACCCAUGGUCUAUGCUGGCUCUGGCUUUCAGCAUUCUAGGAACGUGGAGCACAUUAGCAGUCGGUUUAUCUUCUGGCCUUGCCAAUGGCGGACCCGUCUCGAUCCUUUGGGGCUUUAUUGUCGUCUUCAUUUGCAAUAUAUGUAUCGCUCUUUCGCUGGGAGAACUCUGCAGUGCUAUGCCGACGGCUCUCGGCCAGGCAUAUUACAUUCAUCGACUGUUUGAUACGCCUGUGGGACGAUUCUCUAGUUACAUGUGUGCGUGGAUCAAUACCUUUGGGUGGUGGACUUUGACGGCUAGUCAGGCGGCUUUCAUGACUGAGUUUAUGCUUGGUAUGAAAGUCAUGUUUGAUACUGAGUGGAGUGGGGCUGGCAAAGGAUGGGUCCAGUUUCUGGUCUACUUGGGUGUUAUUCUGGCUUUCACGGCGACGAACGUUGUGGCUUGCCGCAAGGACAAGAUUUUGCCCAUCUUCAACGAUGUUAUCGGACUUUGGUACAUCGCGCUAUUCUUCAUGAUCUCGCUCGCACUGUUGAUCUCCGUGGGCACUCGAGACGGGAUGUCAUUCCAGCCGGCGUCCUUCGUGUUCGGGAGAUGGCUCAACGGAACUGGUUGGCCUACUGGUGUCGUCUGGUUCACGGGUCUCCUACAAGGCGCAUACGCCCUAACCGCAUUUGACGCUGUGAUUCAUAUGAUCGAAGAAUUGCCAGAACCACGCAAGAAUGCACCAAGGAUUGCAUGGCUCGCGGUUUCGCUUGGAGCGGCUACUGGAUGGAUCUUCAUGGUGGUCUGCCUCUUCUGCAUCCAGGAUCUGGAGACUGUCAUCGAUGGCCCGACGGGUCUCCCUUUCAGUGAUUUGGUUCUACAGACUAUUGGAAGGACAGGUAGCUGCGUGCUGUUGUCUCUGCUGGUCGUCAAUGGCCUAGGACAAGCUGUUAGUAUGGCUACGACUGGCAGUCGUUUGACCUGGGGUUUCGCUCGAGACGCAGGAAUCCCAUGGAGUGGAUACUUCUCCAAAGUCGAUCCAUUCUGGAAGGUGCCCGCAAGAGCUCUUUGGCUGCAGGGAGCACUUAUCGCAUUGGUCGGGAUCCUCUACCUAUUCGCAAACACGGUCUUGGAAGCCAUUUUCAGCGUCGCCACUAUUGCUCUGACCAUCUCGUACGGCAUGCCUAUUCUUGCUCUGGUAUUGGCUGGUCGUGACAAAUUGCCCGCUGGUGGGACAUUCAAGCUAGGGAAGCUGGGCCCUCUAUGCAACUGGGUGUCGGUCAUCUACUGUAGUAUCACCACCGUGUUCUUCUUCUUUCCAGGGGAGCCGAACCCAGCUCCGGCGGACAUGAAUUACGCCAUCGCGGUAUUUGGCGUCAUGUUGGUCAUCUCUCUGGCUUUCUGGGUCAUCAAGGCCAGACGAACAUAUCUGAAGUCGGAUGAUGCCGCUAUGCGGAUUGAGCUCGCGCGAGAGCUGGAGCAGAGGGAACUGGUGAAUCCAAUAAUUGAGACUCACAAGCCGGUAGUAACCUGAGCUCGGCUCUAAAACGUUUUAAUGAUACAUGUAUAUCUGCUUUCCUUCCCCGAUUCAUCCCCUGGGUCUGUGGCUGACGUGGUGCUGACUGAUGCACUCACGAACAGCUUGUCAGUGCCAGCAGGAGUCCGAUCCAUCGGCGCCGAGCAAGAUGCUAACAUGACUGGCAGCGGUCUCAUGCGGAGACGAGAGAAGUGAUACAAUGGUGGUGAAAGCAGCUCAUGGAAGGCGCGCGUCUAGAACACUUGCUCACUUCACCCACGAAAGCACACAAGACGCAGGUCCAACACAAAACCUCCUCGAACCGCUGUCGAAAACAACUCGCACCUUCGCUUCACCACUAACAUCGCGCCUUCAAACCGCUACUCGCCUCCUCCACCAGAACAAACAAACAAGCGCACUAACCUGGACCCUCAUCGCUGCCACAGCA